CUUCGUCGAUUGGAAGAAUGUAAUUGGUGGUUGCAGAAAAAUUCUCGGAGUUCGUGCAUGGCCUUGGUGUUGGUAAGGCGGUUAGCAUCCCUCAGGAUCUCAGCCCUGUUAUAACCCUUGUACCCCAUAUGAAAACUGGGCUAUCACGCGUCUUCAGCCUUGCAAAACCAAGCCCUCGGGGAAACAUAAAACAACUUGCUAGGUCGACGUGGCGCAGACGACUCGCAAUAUCCGAUUUCAUCUGGAGUGACCCCGAAACCCUAGUACAGACUACCACCGCCCCUUCCAACCCACAGCUUGCCAUCACAUACUCUCCAGUGGCCUUCAUUCAGCAAAAGACGCUGCGUCCGCAUGACAUAUUACGCUCCCUCCUAGAUCGCGACCAGGAAUUCGGACCACAGUACAUGAUGAAUGUGGUUGACUUGCACCAACCUGUGUCGCCGCCGCCCCAAGGCAUCAGGUCCGAUUUCGAUACUCCACCGAAUAAGGCAGUUUUGGCGUAUUCCACUCUUGCAAUCUCUCUGAGUAUGGUUACUCUGUUCUCAUGGUUCCGAUUUCUGGUCAAGCUAUGCAUCGUCCAGACGCUGCAUGUUGAAGAUUACCUUGUACCUUUUGCUUGGCUUGCUGCGAUAGGACAGAUCGCUUGCGGGUUCAUCAUAUAUGAAUUCGCACCAAUCAUUCACAGUUGGGAUAUGCAAUUGGUGACAUUUGGAAAAUAUCUUCUUUGGUUUCGCCUCAGUGCCGUGUUCUACAACGUGUCGAUCGUGCUCAUCAAAGUAUCAAUGCUAAUCCAGGUGUUACGCAUUUUCGUACCCCGUGGCUCCUUAUCGAAGGCCUACUUCGUUAUCCAUGCCUUGAUAUGGACGAAUGCGGCAUAUUACACGACGGCUACUUUCCUCAUGAUCUUCAACUGUCGGCCCAUCUCCAAAGCCUGGAAGCCAUGGCUGCCCGGAAAGUGCAUGGGGAUGGGAAUAAUUGCAAUGGUGACGGCAAGCGUGAAUCUCGUCGGCGAUCUGUCAAUACUGUUCCUCACUCAAAAGGUUAUUUGGAACUUGAUGCGGGUUGAGAAGAAGCAGCGUUUCAAGCUCUCAUUCGUCUUCUGCGCUGGCAUUGUUCCCUGUGGCUUUGCGGUGAUGUGCCUCUACUACAACAAGCAUUCAUCCGACUUCACUCACGAUUCCGCUCUUAUGGGAAUAGCCUGCUAUGGAGAGAUCGCGUCUGGGAUGUUCGUCCUGUUCCUGCCCGUUGUUCCACGCUUCUUUACCCACGUACGGGAACACACCUUUUUCUCCUCGUCGGCGAAUCUUCGUGCGCCUAGCGCCCUGGAGUUUUCGGAUAUCGGCGUCACUUCCAAGCAAGGCGCCGCUAAUGGAGAUGCAAGGCAGCGGGAGAGGAAGCAGAGCCAAUGGCACAUAAGCUAUACGCAUAGGAACAGCGAGGAUACGAGGCCGAUUAUUCCGAGUUUGAGGAGGGAAGAUUUUGGACCGAAGUCACUUGCAUUCGAGCCGGUUUCUCCGUCCAUGUCCUCGGAAUCGCCAUGAGCGCUUCCUAUGCAAGAGAUGUUACAGGAAAGAGAGGUGAGCGCAGUCCUUCGCGCUCGGAUGUUGUCCUGGCUGAUGACAAAGAAGAUGAGAGAAUGAAACACUUCCCUUCUACCUUGAUCCGGGGCAUCCGCUCGACUUCAUGGGAUCGCUACCAGUGCACGCAGCAGAGGCCCCGAGCAAUGGAUAGGAUCCUUGGCAGCGAGUACGGAAGCACCUCGAUGCCCGCAAUCUUCUUGUUUGCGGAAAUUGUUUCUCCACCAAGGCAUAAUCCGCAAGUGGUC